CACAUCUUUCUCUUUUUCUCUCUUUCCCAUUAGGGGCCAAAUAGUUGGCACUAUUUUCCCCCCUUAUCCGUUCAACUACCCCGUAAAUUACACCAACAUCACGGUCUUUCCCGGGAAUUCGCACAGAAUGGAAAACCCAACGUACACUAGACUCUAGUGACUAGAGUUCUAUUUCCCUCCCUCCCUCCCUCCCUCCCUCAGGUCUCUGAGCAGCGCUCACUCUCUCUCUCAUUCUACUAAACACCAUCAUCACCAUUCAAUUGUAUCCCACAAACAAGUGCUAGGGUUCUGUUUUCGCCCAAAUUCUGUCGUUUUUUCUUCGGACACCAAUGGCUGUAACCCAAGGAACAACGGGUGGUUUGAAAACGGAACCAGAAUCUACCGCUACAAUCUCAGAUUCGGGUAUGACAGGUGGAGCAACGGUGUGUGCGAGCGGCAAUGUGAAGAACGAGGGCAGUUUCGGAUCUCAGAUAGAUACUUCGGCUCCGUUUGAGUCCGUGAAGGAGGCAGUGAGUCGAUUUGGUGGACUCGGUUAUUGGAAACCCCACAACAAGAGGCUGACCGAACCCGAGCAUCGCAUGGAAGAGGUUGACGUUACAAAACCAGAGGAACAGUCAGCACAGAUGGACAAAGACCUGAUCGUAAAAGAGAGGAAAACACUGGAGGUCUUGAAAGAACUGGAGUCGACCAAAGCAAGUGUUGAAGAAUUGAAGUCAAGGUUACAAAAAGAAGCAUCUGGAUUUAGUUUGACCGUUGAGACAAAUAUGGAUGAUAAGAACAUGACUCAUAAGGUGAAAAAGGAAGAUAAGGGAAACCAUGUGAAUCCGAAUUCAGUGGAAGGUUUGAGCUCAUGCCCUUGUUCAGCUCCAGGUUUAAUCUUGUUGGAACUCAAACAAGCUAAGUUGAACCUCAACAGGACCACUAAUGAUCUUUCUGAGAUUAAAGCUUCUGUUAAAUCCUUUAACAAGAAAUUAGACAAGGAAAGGAUCUCACUCGGAAAAACUCAUGAGAGGUUAACUCUAAGUUCUUCGAAAGUAUCCUCUCUUGAGGAAGAGCUAAACCAAGCAAGACUAAAGCUACAGUCGGUAAAAGAUUCUGACAUUAAAGUUGGUUCUGAUCAUGCGUUAGAUAUUUCGGAGGAGCUCCAAAGACUGAGUUCCGAAGCAGAACAAUUCAAAAAAGUGGGAGAAGCUGCAAAGUUAGAAGUUCUGAGAGCAAUGUCCGAGAUUGAACAGACAAAAAAUAAGAUAAAAACAGCUGAAAUCAGGUUGGUUGCAGUCCGAAAAAUGAAGGAAGCGGCUAGAGCGGCAGAAGCUGUUGUUCUUGAAGAUAUCAAGGCUCUUUCGAACUAUGUGACCCCGUCUAGAAACCAUUUGCAAAAUCCUGACAGAGUAACUCUUUCGUUCAAAGGGUACUCUUCUCUGACCAGCGAAGCUCAGCAGGCUGAGGACAUUUCUAAGAGGAGAGUAAUAGAUGCUAUGCUUCAAGUUGAUGAAGCAAAUGUAUCUAGAAUGGAAAUCUUAAAAAGGGUGGAAGAAGCUACAGAGGAAGUUAAAAUGAGUAAGGUGGCAUUGGAAGAAGCUCUGAACAGAGUGGAAGCUGCAAACAGGGAGAAGCUAGCAGUUGAGGAGGCUCUUCGCAAAUGGAUACCCGAGCAUGGCCAGAGAAGACGUUCUGUCCACAACUCUACCAAGUUUAAGAACUCUUGCCCGUCCCUCCAUCGAAGAGAGCCCCACCUACUUCACUUGAACGGGCUGAAUCUGGCUAGUAAUGGUUCCACACCUGUAUUGAAGCCAACACUAUCAAUAGGACAAAUACUAAGCAUGAAGCUGCUUAUGCAAGAGGAGUUUGAAUCAGGGAUGCUGGCACAGAGAAGCACCGUGAAGCGAAAGGUAUCACUCGGUGAGAUGCUUAGUAAACAACACAGUGAUCAACCUUCCUUUCGGAAGGCUCAGAGGGAGGAGAGUGGUCGGAAGCAGUUGUCUGCAAAGAGAAAGCAGUCUGGAUUUGCUAGGUUCUCCCUACUUUUGGCAAAGCAAAGCAAGAAAAAGAAGAGGCCAACUCCUGACUUGAGGUAACGCAGUAAGUAAAUCAAGAUCCCAAUUACUUGUCAAAAAAAAAAAAAAUCAAGAUCUCAAUCAAGCACCGACUUAAAAUUUAUUUUUUCAGUCCCCUUCUUUUCGUUCUGAAGUGCGUUCCUGGUUUAAAAUUAUGUAUGAUUGUGGUUCAAUAUUGGGUAUCUCGGCCUGUAAUUUGGUAUUUCCAUCCUGCUUGUGCUUGUUGUAAAGCUGUUCCUUAUUUUUACAUAAUCCUUAACUUUCUUUUAUGACGAGUAAAAAGGUCAUAUUUGCCUAUUUGGUCUUGUUUUAUGCUGUGUUCCAUUUCUUAUAAUGCGAAGAGAAGUAUGUUCCAAGUUGGACUUCUGUUGCUCAAGCUAAAAUAAGUCAUGUCGUUGCUGAUGUGAUUGCAAUUGCAGCAAAAGCUUCGAACUUCAUUUCCAAUUCCACAACAUUUGUUGGAAAAUGAACAAAGUACGAGAUUUUAGAUUUUCCCAAGGAAGAAGACGAAGAAGAAAAAUAAACAAACCAUGCAUAUGGCAAUGUUAGAUUUUUGUUUUUAACCCCACCUUGUGUAUCUCUAUCCAAGGCAUACCUCACAAUUCAUGUUCAGCUUGAGCGCCGAUGAACUCGACCACACUCGAAACAAGCUCCCCAACCUCAACAGGCGCCGUCGUAUCGACCACCAAUCUUGGGACAUCGCCAAUAUCGUAAUCCGUACAGCCAGCGUAGCCUUCCAACAGCCUCUCGAUAUCCCGCCACGUGGCAGGCUUGUGCCAGCUGGCAGUUCCAUCAACAGAGGCGCCGCGCCGCUCGAGUCUCCUCCUCCACUCUUCUUCGUCAGUGGGCUUGCACUCGACGAUGAAGACGCUGGCCCGAGAAGAAUCAGCGAGCUGGACAAGGCGGUCGAAGUGGGAUUUACGGGAGAGAGGGGAGUCGACGAUGACGCUGAUGCCGAUUCGGAGCUGGGUGGAGGCGAAACGGUAGAUGACGUCGUAGGAGAGGUCGUUGAGGAGGUUGGAAGCGGCGGUUGACGAAAGAUGGAGGAGCGAGCGUUGGAGAGGUAAGGUGGAGUCACGGACGUCGUCUUUAUCGACGAGAGGAAUUCUGAGAGAUGACGCUAAAGAUUGGGCUAAAGUGCUCUUUCCGGUGCCGGGAUGUCCUUUCAUUAAUAUUAUCAUUUUCUUCUCUACUUUUGCCAUUUUCUCUGUGAGUGGAGGAGAUAGAUGUGUGCAAAACAGAGAUUAAUGCUCGGAGACGACUGGGUUAGAUUAGGAUCAGAUUGGAUGAUUGUACUACUGCUUCUGUUAUUUUUUUAUUGAAAAUAGCUUUUUUGUC